UGAAAUGUGUUUCCUAUAAUGGCUUAUCUAAAAUUAAUCAACAAUAAUUGAUAUUUAGAUAAUAGACUAACAAUUUGCCUACAGUGUAAAUUAAUAAGAAAAUAGCUUAAUAAAUUCAAAUGUCUAUAAACUACAUUCCUCGGGUUACGCAGCUGGAUGCUGUUCAACUAGAUGUACAGGUCGAGGAAUUAUUUAAACAAUUGUUGUUUCAAGCCGCCAGGUAUUUGGAGCCGGGAAUCCUACAGCCAAUUCUUCCAGAGCUGGAGCUUAUUAUAAGAACAUGGAUAUUCAGAUAUUCAUUCUACAAAAAACAUUGCACAUUUGGACAGGAGAUGCUUUCCUUAAAAUAUAAAACUGAUAACAUAUCACAAAGUAAAAUGUAUUGGUAUUAUGGCUUUACAGUUGGUUUGAAGUAUAUUAAAGAGAGAGCUAUGUAUAGUUUGACAUCAAACCAAAGAGUACAGGACCUUGUACAUAAGCUUGAGACUUUUCAAUUAAUAAGUGAUAUCUUUAAUUUUCUACGCUUCAUACAAUAUGGAAAGUACCCUGUACUCAUAGAUUUUAUACUUGGACUUGAGUUGACAGCAGAUAAAUUGACAAGAGAAGAUCUCACAGACUUUUCAUGGACUCGAGAAUUAUUGUGGCAUAAUUUUAUUGAAUUAAUAGGCACAGCUAUAUCACUUAUGAAUAUGUUUGGCUUGAAAAAGAAAUUGUCUACUGUUUUGAAGUAUAUGUGGUGGCGACACUAUAGCCGCACAUCAGGCACUCCUACUAAUGCUACUAUGACACAGAAUACUGUGUGUGCCUGUUGUUUGAGUAAACCUGUGUUGCCAUAUACAAUGGGAUGUUCACAUAUUUUCUGCUAUUAUUGUAUAAUGGCUAACAAAACAGCAGAUCGAGACUAUGCAUGCCCAAAAUGUUAUUAUAAUGGAAAAAAAGUACAUAAAUUUGUUGUGGUAUAAUGAAGGUAACUUGAUUUGUUAAUGCUGGGUAGAAGACUUAUUAUGGUGCUGUGAUGUAUAAUAGAUUUAUAGCUAAUUAAUUGAUGAAAUUGUUACUUUUA